AAGCUUGCAAAUCCCGCAUUAUGUGGUUGUAAAGCUAAUGCUGACGCCGAAUUUUAACGAUAAACGUGAAAAAUUAAAAACGCUGAAAUGAAUCUAUUAUUAGCGAUCGUUUUAGCGGGGUGUUUUCUUUUAACGAACAAUUCUGAAAAUCAAUCUUAUAGAUUUCAAAACAUUUUCAAAAAUAUAACCAACUUCAGUGUUGUGAAAACGAAUGUUAAUAACGAUUUGAAUUUUGGUGUUAAUAGUAGCAGCCAGGACAAUUAUGAAGAAAGAGGAAGACUUUGCGUUAAAAAUUUAACGAAGUGUAUGGAACAAGAUUCCGAACAUUUUGCUACAUCAAACAGUCUCGGAAGCUUCUUAUUCUCCAGAUUGCCCCCAUUCGAUUUGAGUAAUUUCGAAGAAAUCUCUCCACAGUGUAGGAAACAAAGUAAACAGUUCAUACAAGGGCUACGCAACUUUCAAAUAUGGGCCUUAAAAAUGUACGACUCAACAGCUAAGUUACCAUCUGGUAUUUUGAAUGGUAACAUCAAUCAAUUCGGAGACUUCGAUAUGUGCCUUGACGCUUUUUCGCAAAAGCAUGGUAUCCAAGGUCAAUAUUGUUUAGCUUCUAUAGAAGUUGAAAAUCCGAAAAGCUCUUAUUUGGCUGGUCUGUAUCAACUCAUCCACUCACAUAAUCAUUUCAAAAGUAAACUUGAAGACCCCGGUCAUCGUGUACCUCGUUUUUCAUCAAUAAAUUGGGCUUUAUGUGUUCCUGAUAGCUGUACUGCGAAAGAUGUAGAAUUGGGUUUGAAGAAAACCGUGCAGAAUAUAUUAAAUGGUACCGAAUUUGAAAUCCGAUACGAAGUAGAUCCUAGUAUGUGUCAAAAGAAAACCGUCGUCAAAUAUCCUACUUCUUUGUACAUAACCAUAGCUAUCUUUGGAUUCAUCAUAGUAUGGGAAUGUGUAGCAACUUUAUAUGAUAUUUUAUCUUUUGGAGAAAAAGAUAAAUGGAUCAUGGCUUUCUCUUUGAAGAAUAAUUUCUUAUCUAGUAUAACUUUAACAAGACCACCAGGAGAUAUAGAAGCUGUACAUGGAAUUCGAUGUUUGAAUGCCCUUUUUUUAUUAGCCUCACAUAAAUCAAUGGCGGCUUUCUUCCAACCAGCACCUAAUCGAACAGCAUAUGUUGAGUUUAUCUCCAGACCGUUUUCUGUAAUAGGCAGAGCGGCUAGUCUUUAUACGGAUCCUUUCAUCAUGAUAUCCGGCAUGUUAACCACGUAUUCGUUACUGGGACGUCUACAAAAAACUCAGAAGAUCAAUAUUAUCGAAGAGUACACAACUCGACUAUUCAGAAUACUACCAACAUUCAUGGCUUUGAUAGCCUUUUGUACUUUCAUAUUACCUCACAUUGACAGUGGGCCUUUAUGGAAUUUAGUGGUAACUCAUCAUUCGGAUAUAUGUAAAAAGUAUUGGUGGAGAAAUUUAUUAUUCAUACACAACUACUUUGGAUUUAAAGAUAUGUGCCUAACUCAUACUCAUCACCUUGGAAUCGACACUCAACUAUUCUUCGUGUCUCCACUUUUGAUAUAUUUGAUCUGGAGAUGGCCUAAGAGAGGAUCAAUCAUAUUAAUAGCCUUAGCUGCUAUUUCAACGAUUAUGAGAUAUUACGUUUCCUACACGAUGAGAUUGUCAAAUUAUGUACACUUCGGAACCUCGAUCCAACAAUUAUUUGAUACAGCUGAUCACAUGUAUAUUCUGCCAGCCCACCGAGCUACUGUCUAUAUCAUGGGUAUAUUUUUGGGAUACAUUUUGAGGAAUUUCUCUAAUCUCAGUUUCACCAAGACUCAACUAAAUGUCGGAAACACUAUGGCACUCUUCACUUUCUUCGUUUCAUUUUUUGGAGCAGCAUUUAUGGGAACCAUAGAUUACGUAUAUGAUCCUAAGGAUGCAGCAUGGUAUGCAGCAGUUUCGCCCAUCUUAUGGUGUUUCUCAUUUGCUUGGGUAAUAUUCAUAUGGCAAUUAGGAUAUAAAAUUGCUGCCGGAUAUUUAUUUUCCCAUAAAUUAUUCCUACUUUGGACUAAAAUUUCGUAUACGGUAUACUUGACACAAUUUCCAGUGUUUUUCUAUAACGUUGGUACGACUCGAUCUUCAAACGAAACGAAUUUCUUCUGGUCAAUAUUGAAUUUAAGGGAGUACGCUUGGGUGAUAGGACUGUCUAUCUUAUUGUCGUUGACCAUCGAAAUACCUUUCCAAAAUAUUAGACACAUUUAUAUUGGAAAUAAAAAUAUGAAGAAACGAAGUGAAGACGUUGAAGUGACUGAAGAAAAAGUUAAAAGCAUGUAAUUUUGUGCGAAAUUGCCUUUGUGUAAAUAUGUGCGUGAAUAUGUAUGACUGCCAUCUAAGACUUUGAUAACGAAUUAAUGUUUAAGGUAUAAUCGUUUUUAAGUAUUUUUUUUUGAUAUAAUGCAAAUCAUCGACCAAAUAAUUUCACUAAACUUGUUCUCAAUUAUUAAUAUAAAUAUGAAUUAUAAUUAUUUUGAUUGACAAUUAUGAUUGUAGAUAUUAAAAUACUGAUUCUUAUUUUAGUAUAUUUCAUAUAAAAAACUUGUGGUUAUUGGUAUAAAACGUGAGAAACUGGAGAAAUAGUUUGAAGUACCUAGAUUAUGAAGAGGUUUUGAUCAAUAGAACCGAAAUUGAUGACCGGCUAUAAAUAGAUUACAUAAUAAAUAUUAAAAAUACUAAUUUAGAAAGUGUUCGAAAUGUUCACAAUUAAUCUGUUGGCAGUAGUAUGAUCCUCUUUCUUCAUUUUCUUGGCAAUUCAUUUUAACUUAAGGUUCAUUUUCUUUAAUUUUCAUUAUUAUUUCAUUUUUCUUUGUUUCAUAUUCGAAGAUUUUCAGUAAAUUUAUUUCCUUCUUCCAAACAGCAAGUGAUCUUUAGCAAAAGCACAAUUUAGGAGAGAGUGGUUUAAGGUUGCUAUAUCCAAUGAAAAAUGUUGAUUUUAUAUUUGCAUUCUUUAUUAUAUUAUCCUUUAUAAUGUUGACAUAAUAUUGACUGAAAACUCUUUCAUUAAUUCGAAAAUAACUUGACUGGUGCUACCGAUUCUGCUAUAAUUUAAAUGUUUUAAUAUAGUGAUUAGAUGAAUUCAUACAUUUUUGGAAAAAUACUCAGCAAAAUUAUAAUUCAGUAAUUUUGCAAUCCUCACCUUUUUUUUCAAAUGUCUCAUUGUUUCCCUUAUUGUCAUUUUUUGCACUUAUCGCUUGUGCUUUAGUCUUGUAACACCGAGUACACACCGUGCACCUAGGGUGUUACCUGAUUCCUUCUAUGUGUAUCGUACUCAGUAUCACUGAUUUCUGUAUUUGGAGGAGGUUGUGUGUUCCCGAAACUUCUUUGAUGGUGUUGGAAGUAACAUUAGUUACAAACCCAGUUGCUCCAAUUAUAAUAGGUAUCACUUUCGUUGCAGAUUCCACAUUCUCUGUAUUUUGAUCUGCAGGUCCUUAUAUUUCAGUAAUCAAUAUGCAUUAUCUUUUUUUCCUAUCCUGUAUUAUUAGUUUUCGCUUGUCAUUAUUAUGCGAAAGACUUAUGCACUAUUCACACACAGAUUCUGGUGAUGCGAGGUUGAAGGAUGAAUAAUCCUUAUCCGCCUUGGUUAUAAUCCGGUGUAGAGUUGAGGUUUCUGAUUUCCUAUGAAAGAAUUCACGUAGUUUCAUUACUUGUCGAGAGUGCAAGUUAAGAAGGUCGAUUAAGCCUCUUCCACCUAUUACCUUGGGGUAAUGCUGUUCUAAUAGUGGAGAACUUCAGGUGGUGGUUGUUAUUCUUCGUCAUCAUUGCUCGUGUCAACCUCUGAUUACCCUCUAGCUCUGUUUUCGUCCACUUCAGGAUUCUAAAAGAGUACGUUUCCUGCUUUUAAUUCGGAUUUCAUAAGUGACUUCACUCCUUUGGUGUUGAAAUCCAAGGUAUUUCUAGGUUUCUCUGUUUUCCAUCGAUAUCUUCGCUGGGAAGUUGCACAUUUCCGUUCAUGACAAUGCCUUUCUCGAUAUGUAGAGUUUGUACUUAGACAGUCCUAACUCUAUCAUUCAGCAUGGUAGAUAGGGGAUUCAUUGCGAGGCAGAACCACAAAGGACUCAGGGAGUAGCCCUGGUAUAUUCCUCUACGAAUGGGUAUUUCGUCAGUACUGAGGGAGUUUGGACGAAUUGAAGAUGUAGGUUCGUUACCCAUCCCUUCAUCGUUGUUGAAAGGAAACUUAAAAUAGUUAGUGGACUUUGUAAAUCUGCAAGACCUCCACAAGCCAGGAAUGAGGUACACUAUCAAACGCUUUCUUAUAAUCCACGAAAGCAGUGUAUAUAUUCCGGUGAUUUCUCUCUCUCUCUCUCUCUCUCUCUCUCUUUGCACUCUUGGUGAUAUCUUCUGCAACCUUUCUGUUCCUCUGCUAAAAUGUUACUUUCCUUGAUGUGCCUAUAAAUUCUGUUAUUGAUACAAGCUGUAAGUAUCAUAUAAGUGAGUAGCCACGUGAUGGGUCUGUACUGUGUGGGGUCAUCCGUCUGGGAGAUCUUUAGAAGCAAAUAAGUGGAAUCCAGUGCUAAAAACGUUGGAACAUCUUCUGGGUUCUGUAGGAGGUAAGAAAACUGCUUCGCUAAUUCCCUGUGUACGCUCGGG